ACAAGCUGUGUAUAACAAUCUGUACCAUUUCCUUAAAGUGAAGUCAUCAGUAUCUCAAAGCUGUUGAACAAACUCUCUGUCUAGGGUUUUGUUGAGCCAUUGUCUAACGAACUCUGUUACCAAAGUUGAAGAGCAGAAAGAUGGAGUGGAUGGAUGAGGAAGAAAGAAAAGUAAUUAGAAGCAUCCUAGAUGCCUCUAACUUGCCGUUGAUUACCACUGAUGGCACUAAUCAGGCUAGUGGUGCCUCAACGUCCAGACGUUCAGCACCUAAGGAAAAGCCCUGGAAACUUCCCCGUUUGGAUGAGAGGAUUGAUGCAAGAGAGCAGAACGCGUUGAUCUUUGCCGAAGUGCUACGCAUAUGGCCCUCCCUGUAUUUUGAUGUAAUUCCCGAUUCAUUGAGAUAUAUCUUUCAGAAGUAUACUCCUGAGCAAAUUAAGGCGUUACCGGAUGACUGUGAGAUUAAACAGAUGCUGAAGCUGAUGAAGACCCGAGUCGAAGGGUCUAUCUUACACUAUGUAGACCUGACCCAAAAACAUGUGUGUCGACUUGAGCGGAUCUUGACCAGUGAAACCAUUAACCAAAUUUUGUAUGCUGAAAGUGCCUUAAAAAUUUGGCCUGCCUUAACUGAAGCUAUUCAUUUGAAAUUGAGGGCUGUAGAGAAGAGGCGAGUCCUCGCCAAGCAAUUCAUAGAUUGCAUGUCUCUGCUGGCAUCAAAAUUGACUAUCAAAACUGGAUCAAAAUUGAUUCCUGUUCCAGACACAUGCUGGGAUGAUGUGUUGCUGUGUCUGAAGGAUGAGGAGUUGCAAAACUUCAUAAGUGCCUUUCAGUUAUAAGGGUUAAAUAUUCCGCUCAAGUGACUUAACAGCACAUUCACUUUUGUAGAGCGUCAUGUUUUGGUCUAAAAUUGUAACUUUUCUUUUAUAUGGAUAAUAAAUACUCUUGUUUUGAAAAUGA